CUCCACCUUAUCGUCCCCACCCAAAACAAAAACCCUUUACGACUCAUUUCCUUGUUCUUAUUAUUUCUUCUUCUGUGCGGCAUUUCUUCAAACACCUUCAAGAUGCGUGAGAUCCUUCACAUUCAGGGUGGCCAAUGUGGCAACCAGAUCGGUGCUAAGUUCUGGGAAGUGGUCUGUGCUGAGCAUGGCAUCGAUCCAACCGGAAGGUACGGUGGUGACUCCGAGCUUCAGCUCGAGAGGAUCAAUGUCUAUUAUAAUGAAGCCAGUUGUGGCCGGUUCGUGCCACGUGCUGUUCUCAUGGACCUUGAACCGGGCACCAUGGACAGUGUCCGGUCUGGACCGUACGGCCAGAUCUUCAGACCGGACAACUUCGUUUUCGGUCAGUCCGGUGCUGGGAACAACUGGGCUAAAGGUCACUACACAGAAGGCGCUGAACUCAUCGAUUCUGUGCUUGAUGUUGUUCGUAAGGAAGCUGAGAACUGCGAUUGCUUGCAGGGUUUCCAGGUGUGCCAUUCUCUUGGUGGAGGAACUGGGUCUGGAAUGGGUACCCUGUUGAUUUCGAAGAUCAGGGAAGAAUACCCAGAUAGGAUGAUGCUUACUUUCUCAGUUUUUCCCUCUCCCAAGGUUUCUGAUACUGUGGUCGAACCCUACAAUGCUACUCUCUCUGUUCACCAGCUUGUUGAAAAUGCAGAUGAAUGUAUGGUGCUUGACAAUGAAGCAUUGUACGAUAUUUGCUUCCGUACCUUGAAGCUCACCACCCCAAGCUUUGGUGAUCUAAACCAUUUGAUAUCAGCAACCAUGUCUGGUGUCACAUGUUGUUUGAGGUUCCCUGGUCAACUGAACUCUGAUCUGCGAAAACUUGCAGUGAAUCUCAUUCCCUUCCCUCGCCUUCACUUUUUCAUGGUGGGGUUUGCUCCUUUAACCUCACGUGGUUCUCAGCAGUACAGGGCUCUGAGUGUGCCAGAGCUCACACAGCAAAUGUGGGAUGCAAAGAACAUGAUGUGUGCUGCUGACCCUAGGCAUGGACGAUACCUCACUGCUUCUGCAAUGUUCAGAGGCAAGAUGAGCACAAAGGAGGUUGAUGAACAAAUGAUCAAUGUUCAGAACAAGAACUCCUCCUACUUUGUUGAAUGGAUUCCAAACAAUGUCAAAUCCACUGUUUGUGACAUUCCUCCAACAGGGUUGAAGAUGGCCUCAACAUUUAUUGGAAACUCAACAUCAAUUCAGGAAAUGUUCCGAAGGGUGAGUGAGCAAUUCACUGCUAUGUUCAGGAGAAAGGCUUUCUUGCAUUGGUACACUGGUGAAGGCAUGGAUGAGAUGGAAUUUACUGAGGCUGAAAGCAACAUGAAUGACUUGGUUUCAGAAUAUCAACAGUAUCAAGAUGCCACUGCUGAUGAGGAAGAAUAUGAAGAGGAAGAAGAGGAAGAUUAUCAGCAACAUGACAUGUGAUUUUAAUCUUUGCUUUAUUGCGGUGGCUUUAGGUAAAGAUGAAUAACAUGAUGCAACUUCCUGUUGCCGGUUCAUUGUCUCUGUGUAGGGGAUAGUUCUGUUCCGGCUAGCACUAGUUUUUUAUUACCAUUCUAUAAAAUUUUCAGUUGUUUUUAUUUCUAUUUCUGUGUACCCUGUUGGUAGGGAAGAAAGACAAUAUUAUUUAAGCAACUGUUAUUUU